AUGACCGAUAGCGAGUUCGAUUUCGAGGUCCGGCCUCAAGCCCGUGUCGACAGUCUUGCUGGCUUCUCAACCCUGUCGUUUUCGUCGAUGACUGGCAGCGUCGAGGAGGCGGCCAACAACAAGUUCUCCUUCUCUCCUCAGCAGGAUCUCAUGGAUUUCGGCGCUGUGAGCUCGGCUCCGUUCAGUCAAGGGCUGGAACAGGAAACAGUCCACCCGGGUGUCCUCUCGGGCGACAACAACUCUUUGCUUGAUGGCCAGGCCUCCGCGGAUCUUUUCAGUUCGCAACCAUUGUUCCCAUCCAUGCCGAAUGCGCGUAGCCAACAUGGUCAAAUCACACCACCUGACGAUCUCUCUCCCAAGUCGGCCGAGUCAAAGCUUGCCUUCAAUUCGACCAAAGACAGCGAUAUCCAAGUCAAGGUAGAGGACUCGACGGAAGCAGCCACAGCCAGCAACAAGCGUAAGCGAUCGUCCAAGGCUAGUGUUGGUGGCUCGACCAGGAAGCGGGGAAGGAAAUCGAUAGUAGUCGUCGAGGAUGACAGUCAGGACCCGGAGGACAGAGCUAAGCGUGAUCAGUUCCUGGAAAGGAACCGUGUCGCUGCGCACAAGUGUCGACAGAAGAAGAAGGAGUGGAUGGUACAGCUCGACAAUGAUUGCAGAGACCUGACAGCGAAGAACAAGUAUUUGAUCGCGGAGGUGAACUUGCUAAGCAACACUCUGUACGAGCUCAAGAACCUGGUCUUCCAACACGCAGACUGCGGCUACCAUCCGGUCAAUGAGUUCAUCAGCAACGAAGCCGAGAAAGUCCGCGCUCGCGCCCAAGCCUCGGACCCUGCCACCACAGCGGCCAUGCGAGAGCCUUACCAACAACCAAGCACCAACUUCCCUGGCCGGGCCUCGGGUAUGUUCCAAGGUCGAGGCUCGGUUGAUCUUGACAGGUCGGCAGAGCGGGCCAGUACCGAGGCGAGUGAUCUGGGAAGUCUUCGGUCGGGAUCAACAGCAACGGAUGGAGUUCUAAACGAGUCAUGGGCGGAUAUGCUUCAACAGCAGUAG